AUGCAAGCUGGUCGUAGACGACAAAAUAAUUCAGCAAGAAAUGAAAUUCAAAUAUCUGGGAAUAGAAUAUCCGGAUAUGGUGAUAUUGAGACAGAGGUAAAGCAGCAAACAAUAAAAGCAGCAAGAGCAGCCGGAUGUCUGAUCGAAACUAUAUGGAAGAACAAAUACAUAAGUAUUGAGGCCAAGUCAAGAACCUACAAAACUGUAAUCAGACCCAUAAUGACAUACGCAGCAGAAACUCGGCCUGAUACAGCAAAAACAAAAAGGCUCCUGAAAACAAGCGAAAUGAAAGUCCUACGAAAAAUUACUGGAAAAACGCUCCUAGACAGGGAACGUAGCGACGACAUAAGGCAAAAAUGCAGAGUGGAAAAUAUUAACGAAUGGGUAUUGAGCAGAAAGCGCGAAUGGGACGAACACAUAAGUAGAAUGAGCGAGGAAAGAAUAGUAAAGAUAGCACGAGACAACUCACCACUGGGGAGAAGAAGUAUGUGA